GAAUGAUGAUCGAGAAUUGAGGAAGUAGGAACAUGAUUUCCGAGGUUUCUCCGAUGAGUGAGGAGGGGAAGAACAGAGGAAUUGUCACCGAUAACCCUUAUUAUGGCACAUUUCAAGGCGUCGCUAACUACUAUCCUCCUCACAACCAUUCUGCUUCCUCCGGUGCCCCUUCUUACGGUUAUCAUCAAGGACAAGGAUACCACGUUGUUCCAGUUUAUGCUGUUGGUGAAGGAAGGCCUGUAAGAGAGCGUCGUCUUCCUUGUUGUGGACUUGGUUUAGGUUGGCUCUUGUUUAUAAUUGGUUUCAUUCUUGGUGGCAUUCCCUGGUACAUUGGAACCUUCAUUCUAAUGUGUGUACAUAUGGAUUACCGAGAAAAGCCUGGAUUAAUUGCGUGCGCAGUUGCUUACCACCAAUACCAAGUUGUUGGGAGGGCUCUCCCUACGGAAGCAGAUGAACACCCGAAGAUUUAUCGCAUGAAGCUAUGGGCCACCAACGAGGUUCGCGCCAAGUCCAAGUUCUGGUAUUUUCUGAGGAAGCUGAAGAAGGUUAAGAAGAGUAAUGGUCAAGUCCUUGCUAUCAAUGAGAUUUUUGAGAAGAACCCAACCAAGAUUAAGAAUUAUGGCAUCUGGUUGAGGUAUCAGAGUAGGACAGGCUAUCACAACAUGUACAAGGAGUACCGUGAUACCACACUAAAUGGUGCAGUUGAGCAGAUGUACAAUGAGAUGGCUUCUCGUCACAGGGUCCGGUACCCUUGCAUCCAAAUUAUCAAGACUGCCACCGUCCCAGCCAAGCUUUGCAAAAGGGAAAGCACCAAACAAUUCCACAACUCGAAAAUCAAGUUUCCAUUGGUGUUCAAGAAAGUUAGGCCACCUUCAAGGAAGUUGAAGACCACAUAUAAGGCGAAAAAGCCCAACUUGUUUAUGUAAUGUGGUUGAUUCAUGUGUUACAAAUAUUUAAGGGUGUCUCUAUCAGAUGUUUUUGGUGGAAACAUUCCCGUUGGUUUUUCUUGCCAGAUUUUGUUUGAGGAUUUAGACUAUCGUUUUUGGGUUAAUCUUUAUGUUUCUGUUGGAUAUUAUCUUGGUCAAUUUGAUAAUUGAGUAGAAUUAAA